AGGGAAACACGAGGCAGCGAAUAGAGAACUUGGUUGAGCACACGGCUUCCACAACACAAAUCACUUUGUCACCAGCAAGCUCUGACAAGCAGACAGAGGAGGGAGAGAAAGAGAGAGAGAAAGAGUGCUAGACAUUGGUCUUGAAGGAGGAGGACAGAGAGCAAAAGAGGAGACAGAAGGGAAGGCAAGUAACCAGAGAGCGAGAGAGAGACAGAGAGAGUGGGAGAGAGAGUGAACAAGGGGAGGUGUUUCAGCCCGAUAGCAGUGGAAGCACGAGAGGCAAGGUGUGAAACGAUAGGAGCGACAGGAGGAGAAACAGGAGGAGGUUACUGUGGAUGGGCUGUACUGGACAGAGACAGACGCUGCGAGUCCGGACCGGAGACUGAGAGCUGGAGAGAGAGAAGGAUUCUCAACACGUUUCCCACGGCUGCCAGGAGAGAACAGGGUCUGCUACUUCACUCUCUAACUUUAAGAAAACAAACUUUGUUGAAGCUUUUUUUUUUACCAAAAAAAAGUACAAGAGGAAUAGGCCUCUUUGUGCUUCCUUCGGAGUGUUGUUUAUGAUUGUUUUGUUCAGAUAGCAUCCUCGCUUUCUGAUAGAACACAUUCGAGCACUGUUUGUACGAGAAGGAGCUUGAACUCUGGUCUCAACUUUGAGUGUUGAAAGCAUGUUCUUUACGCUGCCUUCAUCACAAAAAAGAGGUAGUGGAAGUGGGGAGCCGUAAUGGUUGCUUUUUUUUUUUAACCGGACUGAUUCAGUUUGUGCCUGUAAAUAUAUCAAGUAGGAGUCUGAAAUACGGCACUUUCCCCUGCCCCUGGUAUCUGACUAUCAGCUGGGUGAGUCAGUCCUAUCCCCCCUGGGACUUGAAUGUGAGUUUGUUAAAGAAAUGCCAGAGUUCCUGUGAUCCAGCGUCGGUGUUCGUGUUUCACUAGUCUACUGCUCCCUGGCCUGGAUCGCUGCCACCAGUUUGAAAGAACCCCAGAGCCCUCCGUCCGCUGUGAUCCAGUGGGCCGAGGAUCAGGGACAGCGGUUUCAAUCGAAGACAAAGAGGAAGAAAAAAAGAGACAGAGAGAGGCUGAGUGCUGGGGAGGCAGGCACUGAGAAGAAGUGAGAGCGUUGAACUCUGCCAACACCUUGUUCUAUUACUGAGUGCUCUGCUGUCGGCUCCUCUGUCACACACUCUCUGCCUGCUCUCAGGCGCCUGAGUUAAGAGAAGGCACACUCUGUUACGGCCAACAGCGAGCCUGAGAAGCAGACCAGCUCUUGGUGGUGGAGAUAGAUUUUCGCUGGACAUACCCGGGCGUCAACUAUAGCAAUAUAGCUUGUUUUGGUGCUUUCUGGACUGCUGAAGUGUGCACCUUUUGCUGUGGGCCAAAGUUUUGUUUUGUCACACGCUAGCUGUUUUGGUGUGGGGCGCCUGACACCUCUGUGGGUGUUAUACCUGCGUGUGAUUCAGACGUUGGCUCAUCACAGGGUUCUCCACCCCUGCUCACACACACACACACACACACACAAAGACAGACACUGAACCGGGUGUCUCUCGCGAUUUACUCAUCGCGAGAGACAGCAGUGGCCUCUCUGGGUGGCUCUUGCCUCUGAUCAGUCCGACUCUGGUCCUAGCACAGCCUCUUCACUUGAGCACACCAUCAAGCCAUCCCUCAAGGCAUCCCAGGAGCAGGCUCCCACAUCGACCGAGGCGAGAGAGCGUCGUCCCAACUCACAAACACACAGAGAGACCGACAGAGAGUGGAUACCUCGCACCCGCAUCCAACCCGAGAUCCGCGUUGCCUAGGUUUCCGUCACGGCCGACCUGGGCACCAUGAGGCUGGCGUUGGCCGCCCUGGUGGCGGUGUGCGUGCUGGGCAGCGCCGGCGGCAUGUCCACCUGCAAGACGCUGGACCUGGAGCUGGUGAAGAAGAAGCGCAUCGAGGCCAUCCGCGGCCAGAUCCUCAGCAAGCUGCGGCUGCCCAAGGAGCCCGUGGCGGAGCAGGCGGGCGAGGGGGUGGCCAUCCCCGCCGCCCUGCUGUCCCUGUACAACAGCACGGAGGAGAUGCUGAGGGAGGAGCUGGACGCACCGCAGCCCGUCUCCGUGCAGCAGGAGGAGGAGGAGUACUUUGCCAAGGAGCUGCACAAGUUCACCAUGAAGCACGUCGAGCACAGCACCAAGCAGAACCUCCCCAUGGCCUUCAACAUGAGCGAGAUGCGCCGAAGCAUCGGAGGCUACCAGCUCCUGACCAGCGCCGAGCUGCGUCUGCAGAUCAAGAACCCGGGCAUCGAGAACGAGCAGCGGGUGGAGCUGUACGAGGGCCUGGGUGCCGGCGCCCGCUACCUGGCCUCACGCUUCCUCACCAACCAGUUCAAGGACAAGUGGCUGACCUUUGACAUCACCGAGACCCUGCAGAAAUGGCUGCAGAGCGACGCGGUCGAAGAGGGCUUCCAGCUGAGGCUGUUCUGUGAGUGCGGCAACUCGUCCAUUGACAGCAGCUUCAGCUUCCGCGUGUCCGGGACCGAGAAGAACAGGGGGGACAAGGAAAUCCUGCAGAACAACUUGCCCAAGCCCUACAUCCUGGCCAUGUCCAUCCCCAAGAACAGCAGCAGCCCGGGCGGUUCGCGCAAGAAGAGGUCCACGGAGGCUGGUGGAGGCUCCUGCACAGAUCAGACGGAGAGCUGUUGUGUGCGUAAACUGUACAUAGACUUCCGGAAGGACCUGGGCUGGAAAUGGAUCCACAACCCCAAGGGUUACCAUGCCAACUACUGUAUGGGGUCAUGCACCUACAUCUGGAAUGCAGAGAACAAAUACUCCCAGAUCCUGGCUCUGUACAAGCACCACAACCCCGGAGCCUCCGCCCAGCCCUGCUGCGUGCCUCAGGUCCUGGACCCCCUGCCCAUCCUCUACUACGUGGGCAGACAACACAAGGUGGAGCAGUUGUCCAACAUGAUCGUGAAGUCCUGCAAGUGUAGCUAAGGGGAUCGGACCUGCUGAGCGCGCACGGCGCGCCAGUGGACAGGACCCCGCGUCGUCGGGGAGACCCCGGGGGUUCCUGAGAGCGAUUCAACCAUAAUGUCACGGAGGAAAAGGCAGCGAAAAAGAAGAAAAUAAAAAAGGGUUUUUGAAUCACAAAUGUUCCAGCCUCCACCUCCCUCCCUCCGUAGGCCAACAAGAGCACAGACUUACUUUUAGAGAUGUAUGUUUUAUUUUUAUGCGACUUUAUAUACUGCCUUUAAUAAUAAUAAUAAUAAUAACGAUUAUCACAAACCAUUCUUCUUCAACUUUAAUUUGUUAUUUAUUUGUUGGGUGGACAGAACUGUAAAGUGUGAGAAUGGAGAGAAAUGAUGCCCGAGGCCCGCUGUGAACUCUCCACCAGGAGAUGACACGUAUCAGACUAGUGAUGGAUGGGGGGAUAGAAUAGAUGGAUGGAAGGACGGAUGGAUAUCACGGAUAAAAACCUGUGACCUGGUAGGACAGGGCAUUAAGGACAUUCCUGCCAACGAAACAACAGCACCGCCAGCAAAACAAGACAAACGGUCCCACACAGACGGGUUGUGAGACUCUCAGGGCUGGAAACAAGUGGGAUAUUUCCUCAUGGACCUGCUGCUGAACUAUAAACAAUGCAGAUGGUAGUUUCGGCGGAGAAUCUGGAGUUAGAUGCUUUCCGCGGCUUCCCGCUCCAGGUCCUUGUCAAUUUAACAUUUUACGUUGUAUAAUUUGUACCCCGUCUGACUGAACAGAGACCUUUUUGUGUGUUUAUGCCUGCCGUGCCGUCAAAGCCAAUGAGUAACAUCAGCGGUCGUGCGAGUGGUGGCGGUUUGUUUUCUCAGCUCUUAUUUGGGAGCCUUCUUGUUGUCUUUAGAGGGCUGGGUUAGGGGGAUGUGGUUGCCAUGUUUGUUUAGGGGCAGGCAAUUUAAAAUCUAUGAACACAUUUGUGGCUCUUUUUAUUUUUUGUUCAUAGGCCACUGGCAAUUGGGGACAGUUCACUGUCUUUUAUUCAAGGAGUCUUGGCUUCUGUCUGUAGUGUCGCUCUUUGCACAACCCAGUACUUUCAAGAGGAUUCAUUCAUCCUUAUUCAGUCUACGGCUUUCACUUCCAGCAAUAAAUCGUACAUGUGUCUUUCCAUUCCUUUUUUUGUUGCCAUGGUUUUUAUAUUGCACUUGUUGUUUUUUUGAAAGUCUCCAUCCUUUGUAAAUAUUGCAGGAACUUGAAAUAAACAUUGACUUGUUAAUUUA